UCUCACUCUCUCAAGUCACACCUCUUCUCUGUUUCUGUUCCCACCACCCUUUCUGUCUCUUGUUUUGUUCUUCAUAUUCAUCUCUCUCUCUCUCUCUAAAAACAGUAACUGUAGUUUCUGUUCUUUGUCACAUCUUCAAACUAUAACAUCACAAAAACCAAACCAACAACAAUAUUCUCUCUUUCUCACUUCCCAUUUUCUUAUUCCAAAAUCAACAAAAUCAUGGAACAACAAGAAAACUCAACCAACAACACUAACCAAAACAAAACAACCACUUUCAUCACAAAAAAUGGAACAAACUCUCAUCAACAUCAUCAUUACUAUAAUCACUAUCAACAGCAACAAGAACAACAACAGUAUCAGAAUCAUCUUCAACAAUAUCAAACUCAACUUGGUUUCUACAACAACUACUACCAAAACAAGUAUCAAAGAUAUUACCCUGCUCUUCUUCCUUUACCUUCACUUCAACAACUACCUUUCAUUCCAUCUUUCCCUCAAAAUCUCAAAACCCAUUUGCACAAACUUCCAUGCAAACUCAAUACUUCUCCUUCAUCUGAAUACAAUCUUUCUCAACUUUCACUUGAUCCUGCUCCAAAGGAACUUCAGAAACAAACUAGACCAUCCUUUAAAGAAGUUGAUGGGAAGAAGCUUAUUUCAACAAGGAAGCCACAUGAAGUAAUUGUUGCAAGGAGACCAGAUUCUGGUGGACAAGAAGGUCCUGUGAUUUCUCUCCUUGCCAACCAUUUUUUGGUGAAAUUUGAUUCAUCACAUAAAAUAUAUCAUUACAAUGUUGAAAUUACUCCUCAUCCCUCUAAGGAUGUUGCUAGAGAAAUCAAGCAUAAAUUGGUAAAUAACAAUGCUGAGAUUUUAUCGGGCGCUCUGCCGGCAUAUGACGGGAGGAAAAAUCUUUAUAGUCCAAUUGAAUUCCAAAAUGAUAAGCUUGAGUUCUACAUAGGCCUCCCGAUCCCGACUAGCAAAUCGACAUCACCUUAUGAGAAACGUGAACAACAUAAACUUUUUCGGAUAAAUAUCAAACUAGUCUCGAAGAUUGACGGGAAGGGGUUGACUAAUUACUUGAGCAAAGAAGGUGAUGAAGGGAUUCCGCUUCCGCAGGAUUAUCUACAUGCUUUGGAUGUAGUUUUGAGGGAAAGUCCGACUGAGAAAUGUAUACCUGUUGGAAGGUCAUUCUAUUCGAGUUCAAUGGGGAGAAGCAAAGAUAUCGGUGGAGGAGCUGUUGGAUUGAGAGGCUUCUUUCAGAGUCUUAGACCAACACAACAAGGACUUGCUCUCAAUGUGGAUUUCUCGGUAACUGCUUUCCAUGAGAGUAUAGGAGUUAUUCCGUAUUUGCAGAAACGUCUCGAGUUUCUUAGAGACCUUUCUCAGAGGCAGACAACUCAGCUAACUUGUGAAGAAAGGAAGGAAGUAGAGAAAACGUUGAAGAAUAUCAGAGUCUUUGUUUGCCAUAGAGAAACUGUUCAGAGAUACCGUGUCUAUGGCUUAACUGAGGAGGCAACUGAAAAUCUUUGGUUUCCUGAUAGAGAUGGAAAGAAUCUGAGGCUUAUGAGUUACUUUAAAGAUCACUAUAACUACGACAUUCAAUUCAGGAAGUGGCCAUGCUUGCAAAUUAGUAGAAGUAAACCUUGUUAUCUCCCUAUGGAGCUUUGUGUGAUCUGUGAAGGACAGAAGUUCCUUGGGAAACUGUCGGAUGAUCAGACGGCAAAAAUACUCAAGAUGGGCUGUCAAAGACCAGGAGAACGGAAAGCCAUCAUCGAAGGCGUCAUGAGAGGAAAUGUUGGUCCUACCAGUGGUGAUCAGGAAAAGGAAUUUAAACUCCAAGUCUCAAGAGAAAUGACAAAGUUGACUGGGAGAAUUCUUUACCCUCCAAAACUAAAGCUUGGAGAUGGAGGUCAUGUGAGAAAUCUGACUCCUUCACGUCAUGAUCGCCAGUGGAACUUUCUAGAUGGCCAUGUCUUUGAAGGAACUACAAUUGAAAGGUGGGCACUAAUAAGUUUUGGAGGCACACCUGAGCAAAAGUCUCAUAUCCCAAGAUUCAUAAACCAGUUAACUCAAAGAUGUGAACAAUUAGGCAUUUUUCUCAACAAGAACACAAUUAUUAGUCCACAGUUUGAAUCAAUCCAAGUUCUUAACAAUGUCACAGUUUUGGAAUCUAAGCUCAAAAGAAUCCAGAGUAUUGCCUCAAACAAUCUACAGCUUCUUAUUUGUAUAAUGGAGAAAAAACACAAAGGGUAUGCAGAUUUGAAAAGAAUUGCCGAGACAAGUGUCGGUGUUGUAAGCCAGUGCUGCUUGUAUCCGAAUCUCAUCAAAUUAAGUUCACAGUUUUUGGCUAAUUUGGCUCUCAAGAUCAAUGCUAAAGUUGGUGGAUGCACUGUUGCUUUGUACAACUCGCUUCCUUCUCAAUUACCGCGUCUUUUCAACAUCGACGAGCCGGUGAUGUUCAUGGGAGCCGACGUCACGCAUCCUCAUCCGCUCGACGAUUCAAGUCCAUCUGUCGCUGCUGUUGUUGGUAGCAUGAACUGGCCAACAGCAAACAAAUAUAUUUCAAGAAUAAGGUCUCAAACACACAGGCAAGAAAUUAUUGCAGAUCUCGGUGCAAUGGUAGGAGAAUUGCUUGAAGAUUUUUAUCAAGAAGUGGAAAAACUCCCAAACCGAAUAAUUUUCUUCCGAGACGGUGUUAGCGAAACUCAGUUUUACAAAGUUCUGCAAGAGGAACUACAAUCAAUAAAACAAGCAUGUUCAUCAAGGUUUCAUGGUUAUAAACCUUUUAUUACUUUUGUAGUUGUGCAAAAGAGGCAUCACACAAGGUUGUUUCCUGCCGACACCGAUCAAUCUUCGAUGCACAACAAUUUUCACUUUCAAUAUGAAAAUAUUCCACCAGGGACUGUGGUUGAUUCAGUGAUUACUCAUCCAAAGGAAUUUGAUUUCUAUCUAUGUAGUCAUUGGGGUGUGAAGGGAACAAGUAGGCCAACUCAUUACCAUGUCUUGUUGGAUGAAAAUAAGUUUACUUCAGAUGAACUGCAAAAGCUUGUUUACAAUUUGUGUUUUACUUUUGUUAGAUGUACUAAGCCAAUUUCAUUAGUUCCUCCUGCAUAUUAUGCACAUUUAGCUGCAUAUAGAGGUAGACUCUACCUUGAGAGAUCGGAGUCCUUAGGUUUGUUCAGAAGUGCUUCUACAUUAUCAAGAGCUGCUACGCCGAAGACACCACCUCUACCUAAACUUAGUGAAAACAUCAAGAAGCUUAUGUUUUACUGCUAGUGAUAGCUAAUCUAUGUAGCACCAACACUUUAGAUUAAGAUCACAUUUGAUAUGUGUUGGUGUCUGACACUGGGACUUGUGGUUACAUACUAUUAGUUCUAUUUUUUCAAAAUUAUUACCGGUGUCCACGUGUUGGUGUUUGUAUUUUUGUUGGUGCUUCAUAGGUAUCUAUUAUGCAAAUGUAAUUUGAUUUUUAGAUUGUUUAAUUACAUGAUCAAGCUUUUGAUUUCUGUGACAAAGAAGAGAAUGAAACACAUGGCAAAUAUAGUAUUGUGCAAGAACAAA